UACUCCCAGGCUCAAACCAUUUACUUUAGAGGGCAGACAGUUAAAAUUUAAAAAAUUUACGACAAUUAUGCUCAUUUUUGACAAUCGGCGCAUUUCCGACCAUCGGUUAAAGGGAAAUGCGUUCUUCCUUUAACAUUUUACCAGAAGCACCUGUAAAAUAUUAAUUUGUUAUGCCAAUGGACAUAUCAAUAAGUUUAAACUAAUAGUUGCGUCAUCACUUAAACUACAUUAAUAUUUAACUGAUGCAACAAUUCUAACUUUCGCUUCCGUAAAAAUAGAGGUGAUCUGACUUCGUCCUCGAUUAACGCGAUUGUUUAAAAAAAAGAUUCUUAAAAGACUAUUUGUCAUCUCUCAUGUUUGUCUCUCUAGAUUUGAACAGAUUUAUCAGAUUACUAUAUACUGUAGGUUUCGUUAUUGGAAGAUUAAUGAAUUUCAUUUCGAUGGCAGGCGGUAAAGAUGUUAGAAAAAGAAAACAAUGGGAUUUGAAGAUCGAAAUAACGCGAAAAUAGUGCGUACAUGUCAACUGUAUUGGCCAUCAGCCUUCGAGAAUGACUUCCCAAACGGUUCGAACUCCUCGAAAAGAGACGGACGACAUCUUCGUCCAAGCAGAAAUCAUAAACAGCCCACGUAUAGAGAUUGAAUUCCAUUGAAUCGCCACACAAACAAGAUCUUAGAGAAACAGCUGAAAAAAUAUUAGACCGCACAAGAUGAAGCGAGCUGAAAACGUGUUAAGAAAUGCUACCGUAUACAUUGAUUGUUACGUACAUGCUUUGGAGAAAGUUCUCCGUUUGUGGAAAAUGUCGAUAUCGUCAUUUCAACCAGCUGAGUUUAUACGAGAAGGAAAGAAAAAGUGUUUUCGCCUUUUGCUUACGAAGGAUAGUACAGAGGAAGAAGUUUGUUUUGGUUGCGGAUGAGUCGAAUCCUUGAAACAGGCAGCUAGCUAUAAAAAUGGCUUUUCAUUAUCGUUCCCUAGCGUGGGACAGAGAAUCCUUAGAAGUGUAUCUGGUAGCUACUGUGUGGACGGGAUUUAAAUGGCAAUUUAUAUGCUAAAAAUCACACGCAUAAAAAGUUAUACGUUAAAUGGAAGCGUAUUGCCUCGAUUCUUUGCUGUCAUUAUGCAGUGCCGAUGAAUUAAGAAAAACGAAAGAAUUAUAAAUAUUUUUUACGGUAUUUGAUUUUAGCUAUACUGUUGUAUACAAAGAUGAAAAGACGACAAUAUAUUUUUUCAGCAGAUGUUAUCUGCUUACGCAUGAUUAUAAAAUUGAACUUUCUUCAUAACAGCAAUUUAUUCAUUACUUGUGAACAAAGGCCUUAUUUCAUUUCGUUUGUAAUAUUGACUGCUUGUGCGUGUGUGUGUGUUGUCAGGCACGUGUUAAUCGUGUUUGAAUAUUAUAUAUUGUAUUUCCAUUGAGCUUUAUUUUGCUCGUAAUUAGGAAAAUAUGUUUUGAAAUGAGCGCGAAUGGGAAAAUGGCCAAGUUGUCGACGAGCGUUUCUUCGAUGUACUGGAAAAUCCCAUUUUUUCCUCAACAAAAGCAAAUGAUCGCCGAUCAUGGGAUAAUUAUAAAAAGGCAAUCAAAUGUCGAAAAUGAAGAAGACGCUGCUAUACCGAGCAAGAAGGAAGUGACUUCUCAUCCUGAUUAUUGGGAGAUUCGCAAAAUCAUUCGCUUAAUUCAGAUCGGUGAUCCAACGGCGACUGUGUUGAUGUUAUGUGCUCUUAAGGAGUUCGAUUUUUUACAAACAGCUUUUGGCAGCGAAAUCAUCCGUCAUCUUAACGGUGUUUCUCUUUUUCUGAACAUCAUUGAAACAGAUGAUGAUCGAUGUAAGAUGGCAGCACUAAAUGUACUCGUGACUUUAGCAAGAUCUCCAAAAUCAUCUGAAACAAUCCUAAGAAAAAAAGGUAUGCAGCUGUUUGUCUUAAUUCUCAGGACGGAGAAAAAUAAAACUGUCCUCUCUUUGGUUUGCGAAGUUAUUACGUCCAUGGCAAAGCAUGGUUAUGCCACACGAUUCUUGAAGGAACUGAAGGUUGUGGAAAUACUGAUGACUGUGUUUAAAGAUUGCGCAAAGCACAAACGCCAAAGUGAAAACCUUAAACUGUUUCACAGUGUUUGCUACGCUGUUUGGAGUUGUUGCUUAUCGGGGAGAAAAGAAGAUGCAAUUGCAGUGUCGGAAUGUUUAGGCGUUAUCACUCGUUUGGUUAGGACGAAGGAUGACGAGCAAGUGCGACCAUUAUUGGGCAUUAUUGAGGCAUGUUGUGAUGUGUCAUAUUUUUGUCGCGAACUGGAUGGCGAGAAUUUGGUUGGUGAACUUAUAUCGAAGAUGAAAUCAACCGAAGCGAUUAAAAUUUUAUCAUUGAAGAUUUUAUACAAGUGUGCUGGCGAUGAACGUUUUCAGAAAACGUUCAUGAAAUCAAACCACUUGCAAGACAUCGUGAUACUUUUUGAAAAGUUGCAAGGAAAGAGAGAGCGUGGAAACGUUGACUUUGUUACUGGGUUUCGUGUGGAAAUGCUGUUUAAAUGAAGAACAUCGAGCGAGAUUUAUAGAUGAAGGAAUUUUCUCCAACAUUUUGAACAUUAUCAAAGAAGAUCGAUGUGUCGAGGUAAAAGCCAUUGCCCUCGGUUUAAUGUCCGACCUGUUGUCAGGAAACGUAGUUACGAACGUGAUCCACGAUUCUGACCUUGUCACCAAACUGAUCCAUUUCUUGUCCGUGACAGAAUCCUUACUAUUAAUGAACAGUGCACGCUGUCUUGGAGUAUGUGCUGUGGACAAGACUUUUAGAAC